AACAACAAGGAUAUCAUGAUGCAUUAUGUUUCAUGCGUGAAACGGAACAUCUUAAAUUUUUCUAUUAUUUUAAAUGUCAAUUGUUAUAGAUAUCGGUAUAAACCUUCAAAUAUUAAAAUUAAACAAAAAAUAACUAAAUAUAUUAUUUCAAAGAACAGUGACUCAUAAUAAGUGGUAUAUACACGAUGAAUGCUCAAAGACGAAGAGGUUCUUACAAAGCUUAUCUGCGUAAUGAUGAUGCAGUACCUUACUCGACAUUGCGCUCUCGCCAGAAACGAGCGCAAGUUCUACGUAUUCCACAGCCUGCGGCUGAGAAUCUGAUUAUUGAUGAGCAAAUGAACGAUGAUGAGCCAAUCAAUAACGAAGAAUGGAAUAAUAUUGAAAUGGAACAACUUCAACCGAUUUUCGACGAAAAUGUACACAGCGAUAAUGAGACUAACAUUCCUAUUGAAUAUGACAAUAAUAGUGAUAACGAACAUAACAUGAGCGACGAUGACAUAUUCGAAGAUGCAGAGGAGCAUUUUGAUAAUGCAGAAUAUGCACAAGAAGAAAAUGAACCUAUUCGAGUUCCGUUAUAUGAUGGUUGCCAAAUUUCUAAGGAAGAAGCCUACUUACUGCUCCUGCAUUUCGCCAUUCGACACCACUUAACAGACGUUGCUCUACAACAUUUAAUCGCCUUGGUAGACAUGCUAUUACCUAAUAUGGUUUUUCGAAGCAGUUUUCUGUUUUUAAAACAAUUUCCUUCGUUAACAUCAAUCAUUAAAAGUUAUUAUUGUCCGUCCUGCCACGUUAUUUUGAAUACGCAAAACGAUGCCCAAAGACGUGAUAAAACGUUAAUAUGUUCACAAUGUAAUGAAAUAUUUAAUGAGUCAUUUUUAAAUUCCAAAAUGCAUUACUUUUUACGAAUGUCCAUAGAAGAUCAAUUGCGUGCUAUUGUAAAUAGCGAUACAUACACUUUAAUGCGUAGAGAAAAUAAUUCUUACUCCGAUAUAACGUCCGGUUCUUUUUAUAAAUCAUUAGUACGAAGUGGUGUAAUUUCCGGUAAUGAUAUAACGCUUCAGUUUAAUACUGACGGUGUUCAAUUAUGUCGUUCGUCAAGUCUGUCUCUAUGGCCAAUUCAAAUUUGCAUCAACGAAUUGCCAUAUACGAUUCGAAAAGAAAAAAUGAUUCUUUGUGGAUUAUGGUACGGUCGCGACAAACCUAACAUGCAUUUAUUUGUAAAACCUAUUAUCGAGGAAUUAAGCGUACUGCAUGAAAAAGGAAUUUCUCGAAAUGUAGUGGGCGAACCUGAGGUGCACAUAAAAGUACAUACCAUAGUAAGUCCUGUCGAUUCAGUAGCAAGGUCGAUACUCCAAGAAAUUGUACAAUUCAACGGUCACUAUGGUUGUUCUUUUUGCUUGCACGAAGGUGUGCAAGUACCCGUAGGAAGAGGAACUACCAGAGUAUAUCCGGGAGAUAUAUGUAUGCCUCGCACACUUCCACAGCAUGAACGAGAUUGUGAAGAAGCACUUAAAAAUAACAUUUCAAUACGAGGUGUUAAAGGACCAUCAGUUUUCAUGCUGCUCCCAGUUUUUCAUGUUAUAAAGUCAUUUACACCAGAUUAUUUACAUAGUGUCUUAUUAGGAGUAGUAAAAACUUUUACAGAAACAAUUUUUGAUCCUGCAAAUCAUGAAAAGCCUUGGUAUAUUGGAAGACACACUGCAGCUUUUGAUGAUAAAUUAUUGCAAAUAAAACCGCCUUCUGAACUAACGAGAACACCUAGAUCAAUUACUGAAAGGAAAAUUUGGAAGGGUUCAGAAUGGAAAAAUUAUCUGUUGUACUAUUCUAUAAUAUGUUUAAAGAAUAAAAUGCCUGAAAGGUAUGUUAAACAUUGGUUUCUUCUAGUGUUUAGUAUGCACGUGUUUUUAAAAGAGAAAAUUUACGAUGAGGAGUUUGCUGCUGCUGAAGUAGCUAUAAAAACAUUUGUUUUGGAAAUUGGGGAAUUAUAUGGAGUAGAAUAUUACAAAUUUAAUUGUCAUUUAAUGCUUCACAUACCAGAAAGUGUUCGAAGGUUUGGCGCUCUUUGGGCAUCGUCUACAUUUCCGUUUGAGCAUUAUAACGGAGUAUUAAGCAAAAUGUUCAAAAGUUCCAAUGCAAUUCCAGAACAAAUAUGCAAAUCAUAUUUACGAUAUAAGAGUGUAGAACAAUUAUCAACAACAGCGUUUUCACGUAGAAAUUGUUCUCAGGAUGCUAAGAACUUAUUCAAAAGAAUGAGUGAAGUAUUUCGCCCACAACGGUGCAUAACAUAUGGAUCUGAUCUAAGGCUAUUUGGAAAAUCUGUUCAAAUUCAGUUAUCAGUAAUUGAAAAAACAGAAAUAGAAGCUCUAAUACGAGAAGAAAUUCAAAAUUAUGCAGAGAAAUUUGAUCGGUUCAUAUUUUUGCAGAUGUUGUGGCACACGGAAUCUUAUAAAUUACUUAAAAAACGACAUAAUAGUACAGUAGAAUUGCAAGACGGUUCCUUUGUUACGUUGCAAUCUAUAUUGGGUAUUCGUACUACAUUGAGUAAUGAAUUAAAAUACAUUAUCAUUGGCAAGAGGUUGCAACCGUCUAAUGAAGUUAUAUGUAGUACACAACAGUACCGAAUUACGUCAAAAAAUUUGUUUGUAAUAGCCACUGCAACUGAAAAUAUUACUGCGUUUUUACCGAAUGUAAUGCGAUCGAAAUGCGUCAGAAUGCCAUACAGAUGCACAAAUGAUGGUGACCAAACUUAUUGCAUUGUACGUCUUGUAAAUAACGUUGAAACUGAUUAGCAGUGUAUAUAUUUUCUAAAUUUCUGUUCGUUUGCACCAUUAUGUAUUACAUGUAUUUCCUGCACAUUGUAUAACAAAUCAAUAAAAACUGCUUACAAUUUCGUUUUUUACUAUAAAAAA